UAUAUCACCUUGGCCUCUCUUGUGAACCGCCAUAAAUACUCUUAUCUCUAUGCCCUAGCCCCUCCUCUUUCUCUCUCUUCUGUUCACACCAUUACCUUGAUUACAGCUCAAAGAGCUCUCUAUCUUUUGGAGUUUUUAUAUGAUCAUGGGAAUUCAAAAGCCUGCAUGGUUGGAAGCCCUCUAUACACAGAAGUUCUUUGUGGGUUGCUCCUACCACGAGACAGCCAAAAAGAAUGAAAAGAACAUUUGCUGCUUGGAUUGUUGCACAAGUAUCUGCCCUCAUUGUUUGCCUUCACAUCGCAUCCAUAGACUUCUUCAAGUUCGUCGUUAUGUAUACCAUGAUGUUGUUAGACUGGAAGACCUCCAAAAGCUUAUAGACUGCUCUAACGUUCAGCCUUAUACGAUUAAUAGUGCCAAAGUGGUGUUCAUCAAGAAGAGACCUCAGAACAGGCAAUUCAAAGGGUCUGGUAACUAUUGCACUUCCUGUGAUAGAAGUCUCCAAGAACCUUACAUCCAUUGCUCACUCGGUUGCAAGGUGGACUAUGUGCUUAAACACAAGAGAGACCUCUCUCCUUACCUAAGGACUUGCAAAUCCUUGCAACUCAGUCCUGACUUCUUUGUCCCACAAGACAUGAUAGAGGACGAGAUGACCAACGAAACCCCUCGUUCGACGAUUGUGGACAGUGACGAGAGUAUGAGCUCGUCGUCAGGAUCAUCGGGGUCGGAGAACACGAGCAUGGCCUGCUCUGAAAUUGUCCGGAAGAAGAGAAGUGGGCUUUAUGUUUGUGGAAGAUCAGCUAAUAAAGUCUCUGAUCAUGAGGACAUGGCCACAAGCAUGAGUAGAAGAAAAGGCAUUCCUCAUAGAUCUCCUCUGUGUUAACAAAAGAAACAAAACUUCUUAUUACUGCUACUACAAUUUUGGAUUUUGAAUCAUUUUGACUGAAUCAAUAUUAUUCAUUAAAAUCCUCUUCAGUUUUCUUUC